AACCAUGAAACUCUCUCUCUCUCUGCCUUCGAGGCCAAACCCUAUCAAGCCCUCCAACACCUUCGACGCCGCCACCGCCCACCAAAACGGCGACGUCUCCGAGCAUUCGCCGAAGAAUUCGACGCCUCCACGCCCCCGUCAUUCCGAAACUGAUAAUUCCGGCGGCGGCGUGGAGGAGAGGCUGCUUCAGAAAUUAAAGAGCGAUUUGGAGCAGUUGGCCGAUCACAAGGGGAUGGAGGAGUAUGAGGGGAUGCCGGUGGAGGGAUACGGCGCGGCGCUGCUCUCCGGCUACGGGUGGCACCCGGGGAGAGGAAUCGGGAGGAAUGCUAAGGAGGAUGUCAAGGUUGUGGAGUAUACUAAGAGUACUCACCGGCACGGCUUGGGGUUUCAUAAGAAUUCCAAAGAGAUAGAGAAGAAGAAGAAGAUACAUGUCUUGCUUGAGCGGAUCUUGCUUAAUCAGAUUGCGGAGUUUACUGGAGAUCCUAGCUACUUGGAUAUUGAUUCAUAGGGUGUAUCACUUUAGACAUGGAGAUACCCGCACAUUCAGGUUACAUGUAUAAAAUGUAAGCUGGGAUAAGGGGAAACUUCUAUAGCUGUCAGAGUGUGGGAAAAUUAAAGAGAAAGACGAUGUAUUAUCGUUGCACAUGAGAAGCGUACCGUCUUUAUCUAACAUUACCAUCUCUCCCCAAGAAGCUACUCAAUGUCAUUGAAGCUAAUUUUGGCAAUGAACCUCUUGUUUCAGGAGCGAAAAAUAGAUGUUUCUAUUCAGGUACUUCGUGAGUUACCAAUGAAUUGACGUUCUUAUAUUUGGCAAAUUGUGUACUCUCUCACUUCUUGGAAAAACUUAUUGGACCUAUAUUUUUCAAUAAUGUCACUGUGGUCUCCCCUAGGAUUCAACUUCCAGUGCAAUGAAUAUAUAUUUUUUCAAUUAAAUUGUGGUAUGCAACUGUGUCGGUGCCAUAUGUGAAGUCUCUCUUUGAGAUCUAGAAUUUAGAAUUUUGAGGUGUGAGUCUGUCAAUUGUUGAAUGUAGUUGCUACUCCAUCUUCGCGAACAUAAUGGCUCAGUUCUGUUGGCUAGAGUACUCAAUAUUGAUAAUAUUUGUGCAUUCUACAUGAGCAGCUGCAUUUUGUGGUAGAAUUCAUUAUAUUUUUGUACACAUAGGGCUUUUUACGAAUUCUGCAAGGUAAGUUGGACUGGCGAUGGAUUUGUUUAUGAACUUUAUUUCCUGGCAUUUUAAGAAGUUUAACACUGUUUAGGGGUGUUGCAAUCAUCUACUAGAUGUGUUUUUCUUCUUUUUGAGAAUCAUUACUUAAAAGAUCUUUUUGUUGUUUUUACCAUUUUUAA